AGGGCGGCAGGGAGGCAAGUGUCAGGCCGAUGUGUCGCCCGCGAGGGGCCGGGGUCGGGGCUGCCGGGGCCAUGCGCGCGGGCUGGGCAGGGGGCCGGCGGGGCGCAGAGCGGAGCCGCCUCGGAGCCUGAGCGCCCGGGGCCGGGGCCGGGGAGCCGCGCAGGGCCGGCCGGCCGGGGGGAGGGGAGCGAUGCGGCGCCGGCGGGCGGCAGUGGCCGCGGGUUUCUGCGCCUCCUUCCUGCUGGGCUCCGUCCUCAACGUGCUCUUCGCUCCGGGCUCGGAGCCUCCGAAGCCAGGCCAGUCCCCUGAGCCUUCGCCGGCCCCGGGCCCGGGCCGUCGCGGGGGCCGCGGGGAGCUGGCCCGGCAGAUCCGGGCGCGCUACGAGGAGGUGCAGCGCUAUUCCCGCGGGGGCCCCGGGCCCGGGGCUGGGCGGCCGGAGCGGCGGCGCCUGAUGGACCUGGCUCCGGGCGGGCCCGGCCUGACGCGCCCCCGGCCCCCUUGGGCCCGGCCCCUGCCCGACGGCGCCCCAGGCUGGCCCCCGGCUCCCGGCCCAGGCUCCCCCGGCCCGGGCCCGCGCCUAGGCUGCGCCGCGCUUCGCAACGUGUCCGGCGCGCAGUACGUGGGCUCAGGCUACACCAAGGCCGUGUACCGAGUCCGCCUGCCCGGUGGCGCCGCGGUGGCGCUCAAGGCGGUGGACUUUAGCGGCCACGAUCUGGGCAGCUGCGUGCGCGAGUUCGGGGUACGGAGGGGCUGCUAUCGGCUGGCGGCCCACAAGCUGCUUAAGGAGAUGGUGCUGCUGGAGCGGCUGCGGCACCCCAACGUGCUGCAGCUCUAUGGCUACUGCUACCAGGACAGCGAGGACAUCCCAGACACCCUGACCACCAUCACGGAGCUGGGCGCCCCUGUAGAAAUGAUCCAGCUGCUGCAAACUUCCUGGGAAGAUCGAUUCCGAAUCUGCCUGAGCCUGGGCCGCCUCCUCCACCACCUGGCCCACUCACCACUGGGCUCCGUCACUCUGCUGGACUUCCGCCCUCGGCAGUUUGUGCUGGUGGAUGGGGAGCUCAAAGUAACGGACCUGGAUGACGCACGUGUGGAGGAGACGCCGUGUGCAGGCAGCACCGACUGCAUACUCGAGUUUCCGGCCAGGAACUUCACCCUGCCCUGCUCAGCCCAGGGCUGGUGCGAGGGCAUGAACGAGAAGCGGAAUCUCUAUAAUGCCUACAGGUUUUUCUUCACAUACCUCCUGCCUCACAGUGCCCCGCCUUCACUGCGUCCUCUGCUGGACAGCAUCGUCAACGCCACAGGAGAGCUCGCCUGGGGGGUGGACGAGACCCUGGCCCAGCUGGAGAAGGUGCUGCACCUGUACCGGAGCGGGCAGUAUCUGCAGAACUCCACGGCAAGCAGCAGUACCGAGUACCAGCGUAUCCCAGACAGCACCAUCCCCCAGGAAGACUACCGCUGCUGGCCAUCCUACCACCACGGGAGCUGCCUCCUUUCAGUGUUCAACCUGGCUGAGGCCAUGGAUGUCUGUGAGAGCCAUGCCCAGUGUCGGGCCUUUGUGGUCACCAACCAGACCACCUGGACAGGUGAGCCAGUGGGAGAAGCCCUUCCAAGGGAGAUGGCAGGACCUCUCUGGAGGUUGAUAGAUAGUGAUCCAUCGGAAGUCAGAGGGGGUGCUGAGAUGAUGAGAGAGAGGUAUACGUGUCUUCAAGGCAGUCAAAUUAGAGAGAAUGGUCCUGCCUCCAGGAAGAGAAACAUCCAGCCCUGUUACCUCUCACCUCUGCCCCCCAGGUCGGCAGCUGGUCUUUUUCAAGACUGGAUGGAGCCAAGUGGUCCCUGAUCCCAACAAGACCACAUAUGUGAAGGCCUCUGGCUGACCUAUCUGAGGGCUCGGCUGACCAGCUGACUAUCCUCAGCAGCUGGGCUUGCCUGUGGAGGGAGUGACUUGCACUGGCAGCGCUGCAUGUCACCUGGGAACCCCUGCAGACAAAGCUGACAUCCCAGACAGACCGAUGUGACCAGGACAAACGUGCAAUAAUGCCAAAUGUUAAAAUGUGAGUUUAUCAGCCUAGCUAUGGGACUGCUGGCUCCUAGUCCAGGAAUCAUGGGGGGAUGACUGCCUCUCCAACCCUCUGGGCUGUAAGCAAGCCCGGGCUAGUCUCCCCAGUGGGGGCUGUGCCCCUCCCUGGGACAGUUCCGUGGGCAGCCCCAUCACUGUGUUCAAUAGUGUGAGAAUGUAGCUAAAGCCCCUGCUGCUGCUGCUGCACAUGCCACAGCAGGCGGGGGAGCUGCGUGGGGACAAUCCAUCGUGGAGUGUUCUCUCAGCUUAGGUCUGGACAGGAGACUUGGCGGGGGAUGCUCCAGGAUGUGGGUGAUUCUGUACCUGGGGGGGCUGUCUCUGACCUCCCGACAGGGGACACUCCCAGGCCAGCCCAGGGGUCAGGGGCAGAGGUGCACACCUCAGCAUGAGCCAAGACUGGGGUCAGGGAGCAGGUGCGGUUUGAGCCAGGACCUGGGGCGGGGGUGGGGCCGGGGCCUUUCUGCCUCAUUUGCUUUCAAUGAAAGCCGCAAAGCAGCCAAAACCAGGCUUUCCCCCUUCCUCGAGUUUGAAUAUCCAGAAUCUUUUGUACUUCUUAUUGGUUAAAUUGUUUAUUUUUGUAAAAAAUAAAAUAAAAUUAGUUAAUAAAGUGAUGUUUCACAGCAAA